AUGAACCAAGGAACACGACGAUUAUCUUCUCGUUCCAACUCUGGAUUAACGAAACCGACCGCCUCAAGCAGAAAAUCCAGCCAAAGUGAUAAAGUGUACUAUCGUCUCUUGACCUACAAUGCGCCCUACAACUCGUCCUUCCCAUUAGACACAGACGACGACUCUCUUUCCUUCAUUCACGCCAAUCGAAUUCCUUCACCACGCCUAGCAUCAGAUUACACCAAAUACAUCUGCAAACGGGAAGGCAUCCACCAUACACGCGCAAAAUUGUACACUUCCUCCGUCUCUCGUUCCGUAUAUUCGCAUUCUCCGCAUGGUAGGAAGACUCUCCCAGACGAUCCAGCAUUCAGGCUAGCCGAUCCUGGAGCACCGUUGCGUCUUCAUUCCCUCGGUUGCGGUUCUUCCCGCGAGAAACCACUCGUGUUGUACCUCGACCUCGACCCAAGUAUGGACCGCACGCAUGCAGCUCUACCUAUCAGUAGACUCGAACGAGGGGGACGUCGCGUUGCGAAGAUCGUACGAAGAGCUGCCGAUGCAGUUCAGUCGUUUUUGUGUGCGUGCUUUGGUUCGCUGCAGAAGGUUGGUCCUGGAACUCGUCAGCAAGAAGCUAUGUCGAUCUAA